AUGAUCCGUCCAAGCAUGGAAGCUAGAAACUGGAUACUCAGCGUCAUAGUCGGUGCCGCGCCGUUGCUUGGUAUCCUGGGCACAGUGGUGGGGAUCAUUGAGAGCUUUGAUCUGCUCGGACAAGCCGCGGGAGUUUCUGAUCCAACGAUUGUUGCGGGAGGGAUCGCUGAGGCGCUCUACACCACAGCGUCUGGUCUGACCAUCGCAUUGCUCGCACUUUUCCCGGCGGCGUAUUUCAAAGCUCGCGCGAACACUUCUUUGAGUCGGCUUGACAAUCAACUCGACAGGUUGAGAAUCCAUCGACUCAAAGUCCAUUGGUGUAGAGGGGCGACCUAUUGCGAGAGUGGGGGUGGAGAUGCAGUCACACUUUCCGUGAGGGAUGGCGAGGCCGUGGCCGAUUCCAGUGGUUCUGGUUUGUUCUCGCGACCAUACGGCAUCUUUGAGUGCUUCGGGCUCUUUUACUUUGUCGUGUUCAGCGAGGAGAUCAACGAGCUCGUUGAUCGCGUCUUGCUUGUCCUGAGACUCAAGCGGCGAGCGGAUGCAUUCAACGCUGAGGAUGUCUGA